AUGAGUUCUAAGGAGCAAAAGAGAUCAGCUCUAUAUGAAAAGUUGCAACAACUCCGUUCCCUCACUAAGUCGAGCGCUGUGAGCAAAGCAUCAAUUCUAGUAGACGCAUCGAAGUAUAUAGAGGAAUUGAAGGAAAAAUUGGAAAAACUGCACCAAGAUGUUGCUACUUCUCAACAUUUAAGUGACCAUAAUUCUUUACCUGUGGCUACUGUGGAAACCCUAGAAAAGGGUUUCCUUAUAAAUGUGUUUUCAGAAAAGAAUUCUCCAGGUUUGCUUGUAUCCAUACUGGAAGCCUUUGAGGAGCUGGGUCUUGAGGUGCUGGAUGCUAGGGUUUCUUGUUCAGAUAGUUUCCAUCUAGAAGCAGUAGGAGGCGAAAAUGAAGGACAAGUUGAUAGUAUAGAUGCCCAAGUGGUAAAACAAGCAGUUCUGCAAGCAAUCAGGAACUGGAAGGAUAGUACUUGA